GAUGAAAAAUGUCAAUUUCGAGAAUCAAGAAGGCCUUUCUUUGGUUGAGCGGCUUUAGCUGCUCCCAUUGUUUGACAAGCGAUCAAAAACCUCUAAAUCUCCGAAUUAUAACAAGACUUCGAGAGAGUGACGUUAUGGUGGCGUUCAAUUUUGGUUGACAAAUAGCUGACAAAUUUGAAAACACACAACAAAUACUGCGUGUUGCCAGAAAACCAAUAAAUGUUCCACAUUGGUCCACCAUCGGUAGAUGAUGCUCAAAUUCGCUUAUUAUAUACCCA